AUGAUGAUGAAACCUCGUUCCGCCGUCGCUCCUAUUAUCAUCAACGGCAGUGCCAGCAGCAUCAGCAGCGCAGGAAGUGAGCCAUCUUCUGUUUCCACAAGAGAAGAUCGGCUGAAGAUGGACGGGGAUCGGGUUAGGAAUAGGCUAUUGACAAGAUUGGGGAUCUUUCAGCCGCAACCACAACAACAGCAAAGACGUAUCGCGCCUCUGCGCAAGGUAGCCCCCUUGACGGAGCCGCUCAAGUUUCACGACGGAGACAUCGUCGAUGACAAGAAGGAAGACUCUAGCAGCGUCGACACUGGCAGCAUCAGUGACGACCAAGCUUCGUCUCCUGCUUCGUCCACAAGGUCUCGCAAGUCGGUGGUAGCCUUUGACAAUGAAGUGGCAGUGGUCCCCAUUCCCAAACAUCAAGAGUACUCCAAUCGCAUUCGAAGCCGACUGUGGUCCAACAAGAAGGAGCUCCGCACCAUGGCGGCCAGAAACACACUCGAGUAUCAGUCGGAAGGAUGGAAUCCCUCCACCGUGGUCGAAGAUGAGGGGUUCAUCACAACGUCCACUGGCGAAAGAAUUCAUCCUGUGCAUCUUCAACGGCUCUUGGCGUCCCCCUUCAUGAUGAGGUCUCCUUUCAGGGUCAUGCAGCACCCGCCUCCCUUGGAAGUCAACCGAAGGCCCAUGCGUUAA